AUGGCCUCGGCUGGUAACGCCGCCGAGCUCCAGAACCGCGGCGGCGGCGGCAGCUGCAGCGGGGCCCCGGGCCGGCCGGCCGGUGGCGGGAGGCGCAGGCGGACCGGGGGACUGCGCCGCAAUGCCGUGCCGGACUGGGACUAUCUGCACCGGCCCAGCUACUGCGACGCCGCCUUCGCUCUGGAGCAGAUUUCCAAGGGGAAAGCUACUGGCCGGAAAGCGCCGCUGUGGCUGAGAGCGAAGUUUCAAAGACUCUUAUUUAAACUGGGUUGUUACAUUCAAAAAAACUGCGGCAAGUUCUUGGUUGUAGGCCUCCUCAUAUUUGGGGCCUUCGCUGUGGGAUUAAAGGCAGCUAAUCUCGAGACCAACGUGGAGGAGCUGUGGGUGGAAGUUGGUGGACGAGUGAGUCGUGAAUUAAAUUAUACUCGUCAGAAGAUUGGAGAAGAGGCUAUGUUUAAUCCUCAACUCAUGAUUCAGACCCCCAAGGAAGAAGGUGCUAACGUCCUGACCACAGAAGCGCUCCGACAGCACCUGGACUCGGCGCUCCAGGCCAGCCGGGUCCAUGUAUAUAUGUAUAACAGGCAGUGGAAAUUGGAACAUUUGUGUUAUAAAUCUGGAGAACUUAUCACAGAAACAGGUUACAUGGAUCAGAUAAUAGAGUAUCUUUACCCUUGUUUAAUUAUUACACCUUUGGAUUGCUUCUGGGAAGGGGCGAAGUUACAGUCUGGGACGGCAUACCUACUAGGUAAGCCUCCUUUGCAGUGGACAAACUUUGACCCUUUGGAAUUCCUAGAAGAGUUAAAGAAAAUAAACUAUCAAGUGGACAGCUGGGAGGAAAUGCUGAAUAAGGCUGAAGUUGGUCAUGGUUACAUGGACCGGCCCUGCCUCAAUCCAGCUGAUCCAGACUGUCCCGCCACAGCCCCCAACAAAAAUACAACCAAACCUCUUGAUAUGGCCCUUGUUUUGAAUGGUGGGUGUCAUGGAUUAUCCAGAAAGUAUAUGCACUGGCAGGAGGAACUGAUUGUGGGUGGCACGGUGAAGAACAGCACUGGGAAGCUUGUCAGUGCCCAUGCUCUGCAGACCAUGUUUCAGUUAAUGACUCCCAAGCAAAUGUAUGAACACUUCAAGGGUUAUGAGUAUGUCUCGCACAUCAACUGGAAUGAGGACAAGGCAGCGGCCAUCCUGGAGGCUUGGCAGAGGACGUAUGUGGAGGUGGUUCAUCAGAGUGUUGCUCAGAACUCCACUCAGAAGGUGCUUUCCUUUACCACGACGACCCUGGAUGACAUCCUCAAGUCCUUCUCUGAUGUCAGCGUCAUCCGAGUGGCCAGCGGCUAUUUACUGAUGCUUGCCUAUGCCUGUUUAACCAUGCUGCGCUGGGACUGCUCCAAGUCCCAGGGUGCCGUGGGGCUGGCUGGCGUCCUGUUGGUUGCACUGUCAGUGGCUGCAGGAUUGGGCCUGUGCUCAUUGAUCGGGAUUUCCUUUAAUGCUGCAACAACUCAGGUUUUGCCAUUUCUUGCUCUUGGCGUUGGUGUGGAUGAUGUCUUUCUUCUGGCGCAUGCAUUUAGUGAAACGGGACAGAAUAAAAGAAUUCCUUUUGAGGACAGGACCGGGGAGUGCCUCAAGCGCACGGGAGCCAGUGUGGCCCUCACCUCCAUCAGCAACGUCACAGCCUUCUUCAUGGCCGCGUUGAUCCCAAUUCCCGCUCUGCGGGCGUUCUCCCUGCAGGCGGCUGUAGUAGUGGUGUUCAAUUUUGCAAUGGUUCUGCUGAUUUUUCCUGCAAUUCUCAGCAUGGAUUUGUAUCGACGUGAGGACAGGAGAUUGGAUAUUUUCUGCUGUUUUACAAGCCCCUGUGUCAGCAGAGUGAUUCAGGUUGAACCCCAGGCCUACACAGAGACUCACGAUAACACCCGCUACAGCCCCCCACCCCCCUACAGCAGCCACAGCUUCGCCCAUGAAACCCAGAUCACCAUGCAGUCCACGGUGCAGCUUCGCACAGAGUAUGACCCCCACACGCACGUGUACUACACCACUGCUGAGCCACGCUCCGAGAUCUCCGUGCAGCCCGUCACCAUGGCUCAGGACACACUCAGCUGCCAGAGCCCCGAGAGCACCAGCUCCACAAGGGACCUGCUCUCCCAGUUCUCUGACUCCAGCCUCCACUGCCUUGAGCCCCCCUGCACCAGGUGGACACUCUCAUCUUUUGCUGAGAAGCACUAUGCUCCUUUCCUCUUAAAACCAAAAGCCAAGGUCGUGGUGAUCUUCCUUUUCCUGGGCCUGCUGGGGGUCAGCCUUUAUGGGACCACCCGAGUGCGUGAUGGGCUGGAUCUUACAGACAUUGUGCCUCGGGAAACUAGAGAAUAUGACUUUAUUGCUGCACAGUUCAAAUACUUUUCUUUCUACAACAUGUAUAUAGUCACUCAGAAAGCAGAUUACCCGAAUAUCCAGCACUUACUUUAUGACCUUCAUAAGAGUUUCAGUAAUGUGAAGUAUGUCAUGCUGGAAGAAAAUAAACAGCUUCCCAAAAUGUGGCUGCACUACUUCAGAGACUGGCUCCAAGGACUUCAGGAUGCAUUUGACAGUGACUGGGAAACCGGGAAAAUCAUGCCAAACAAUUACAAAAAUGGAUCGGAUGAUGGGGUCCUUGCCUACAAACUCCUGGUACAAACCGGCAGCCGUGAUAAGCCCAUUGACAUCAGUCAGCUGACUAAACGGCGCCUGGUGGAUGCAGAUGGCAUCAUUAACCCCAGUGCUUUCUACAUCUACCUGACUGCUUGGGUCAGCAACGACCCUGUGGCUUAUGCCGCCUCCCAAGCCAACAUCCGGCCUCACCGUCCUGAGUGGGUUCAUGACAAAGCCGAUUACAUGCCAGAAACCAGGCUGAGAAUCCCUGCAGCAGAGCCCAUUGAAUAUGCUCAGUUCCCUUUCUACCUCAACGGCCUGCGUGACACCUCGGACUUCGUUGAAGCCAUUGAAAAAGUCAGAACCAUCUGCAAUAACUACACGAGCCUGGGGCUCUCCAGCUAUCCCAACGGCUACCCCUUCCUCUUCUGGGAGCAGUACAUCGGCCUCCGCCACUGGCUCCUCCUGUCCAUCAGCGUGGUGCUGGCCUGCACGUUCCUUGUGUGCGCCGUCUUCCUCCUGAACCCCUGGACGGCAGGGAUCAUUGUGACAGUCUUGGCUUUGAUGACAGUUGAGCUCUUCGGCAUGAUGGGCCUCAUUGGAAUCAAGCUGAGUGCCGUGCCUGUGGUCAUCUUGAUUGCUUCCGUCGGCAUUGGAGUGGAAUUCACUGUUCAUGUCGCUCUGGCCUUUCUAACAGCCAUUGGUGACAAGAACCGCAGGGCUGUGCUUGCCCUGGAGCACAUGUUUGCGCCUGUUCUCGACGGUGCCGUUUCUACUCUACUGGGAGUGCUGAUGCUUGCAGGAUCUGAAUUUGAUUUCAUUGUCAGGUACUUCUUUGCUGUCCUGGCGAUCCUAACAAUCCUGGGUGUUCUCAAUGGACUAGUUUUGCUGCCAGUGCUUUUGUCCUUCUUCGGACCGUAUCCUGAGGUGUCUCCAGCCAAUGGGCUGAACCGGCUGCCCACACCUUCUCCUGAGCCACCCCCCAGCGUGGUCCGGUUUGCUGUACCCGCCGGUCACACAAACAACGGGUCUGAUUCCUCUGACUCGGAGUACAGUUCUCAGACGACAGUGUCAGGCAUCAGUGAGGAGCUGCGGCACUACGAGGCCCAGCAGGGUGUUGGGGGCCCUGCCCACCAAGUGAUCGUGGAAGCCACAGAAAACCCUGUCUUCGCCCGCUCCACUGUGGUCCAUCCUGAACCGAGGCAUCACCCACUCUCAAAUCCUCGACAGCAGUCCCACCUGGACUCAAGGACCCUGUCACCUGGACAGCCAGGACAGCAGCCCAGAAGAGAAACCCCCAGAGAAUGCUUGAGGCCACCUCCCUAUAAACCGCGCAGAGACGCUUUCGAAAUUUCUACUGAAGGGCAUUCUGGCCCUAGCAAUAGGGACCGCACGGGCCCCCGGGGAGCCCGUUCUCACAACCCUCGGCAUCACAACCCAGCGUUCACUGCCAUGGGCAGCUCCAUGCCCAGCUACUGCCAGCCCAUUACCACCGUGACGGCCUCGGCAUCCGUGACUGUUGCCGUGCAUCCUCCCCCCGCCCCUGGGCCUGGGCCCAGUCGGAACCCCCGAAGCGGGCUUUGCCCAGGCUACGAGGACUACCCCGAGACUGACCACGGGCUGUUUGAGGACCCCCAUGUGCCUUUUAAUGUCCGGUGUGAGAGGAGGGAACCCAAGGUGGAGGUCAUUGAGCUGCAGGACGUGGAAUGUGAGGAGAGACGCCAGGGCAGCAGCUCCAACUGAGGGUGAGUAAAAUCUGAAGCAAAGAGGCCAAAGAUUGGAAGCCCCUCCCUACCCCUACCCCACCCCACCAGAACUGC